GCCGAGUUCCGGUAGCGGCGGGGUGAGCGCACCAAGAUGGCGGCGGCCCAGGGCGGCGGCGGGGUGGCGCGGCCGGAGCUCGGCCCAGAGGCGCCGGGCUCGGUGACGGUGGAGCUGGCGGCGGUGGAAUCAGCGCCGCCGAGUCCGGCGGUGCAGCGGGCCGAGCUGAGGCCGCUGAUGGCCGCGUCCAUGCGGCUGGGGGAGUCCUGGUACCUGCUGGCCAGCCGCUGGUUCAGCCUGUGGAAGCGCUACGUGGGUUACGACAGGUGGGACGUGUCCGGCGUGGGCGACCCCAACCUCUUCCCUGGGCCCAUCGACAACGCGUGUCUGCUCGGCGAUGGGGAAACUCAGAGCUUAAAGGAGCACCUCAUCGCCCAGCUGGACUACGUGCUGGUGCCCAGCAGCGCCUGGCAGAAGCUGGUCUCGUGGUACGGCUGCAUCGAGGGACAGCAGCCCAUCGUGAGGAAAGUGAUGGAAUUUGGUCUGUAUGCAAAGCACUGUGAAGUUGAAGUUUAUCCUCUGGAGCUGAAGCUGUGUGAGGGCAGCAGUCCUUCCAACGUGAUCAGCUGCUGCUUUAGCAGAAGAGAUAGUGUUGCCACUCUUGUGAAAGAGAUACGGAAACUGUUUAAAAUCCCAGCUGAGAAGGAUGUGAGGUUAUGGAGCAGCCAUUUUGAUGGCUCUUACGAGCAGCUCAGCGAGCUGGGUGUCACUCUGGAAGAUGCAAACAUCUAUCACGGGGAGCUUGUUCUAAUAGAAGUGAAAAAUGAAGAUGGCACGUGGCCUGAACAUCCUUUCCUUGCAAAGUCAAGCACUGCUACUAGCAGAAACUUUACUACCUCUUCAAAACCAUCCGCGAGUUCUUACUCCUCAGCAUCUGCCACGUCUGUCAUUACUAACGGUGACAGCAGUAACUCCUAUGGACUGAGCAGCUCCAGCCUGGGCCGGGGAGGUUCUGGAUUUGCUUGCAACUCUUACAGCAGCAGGGACUCUGCUUCCCUGUCACAACCUGGCCUUUGUGGACUCAGUAACCUUGGGAAUACCUGCUUCAUGAAUUCUGCAUUACAGUGUCUGAGCAAUACCCCUCCUCUGACUGACUAUUUCUUGGAAGAUAAAUAUGAAGCUGAAAUAAAUCACAGCAACCCCUUGGGAAUGAGAGGAGAAAUUGCAGAAGCCUAUGCGGAACUGAUUAAACAGAUUUGGUCUGGGAGGCAGUCUCAUGUGGCCCCACGUAUGUUUAAAACGCAGGUUGGCCGGUUUGCUCCUCAGUUUUCGGGAUACCAGCAGCAAGAUUCCCAGGAGCUGUUGGCUUUUCUUCUAGAUGGCUUGCAUGAGGAUUUGAAUAGAGUGAAGAAGAAACCUUACUUGGAGCUGAAGGAUGCCAAUGGCAGACCCGAUUCGGUUGUAGCAAAAGAAGCCUGGGAGAACCAUCGCCUGAGAAACGAUUCUAUCAUUGUGGAUAUUUUUCACGGUCUUUUCAAGUCUACCCUUGUUUGUCCCAAAUGCUCUAAGGUUUCUGUGACCUUUGAUCCCUUCUGUUACCUAACCCUUCCACUGCCUUUGAAGAGAGAUCGUCUCCUGGAAGUUACCCUGGUAUAUGCAGACCCGCAGCGCAGACCUGUCCAGUACCGGGUCGUGGUGCCAAUGAUGGGAGCCAUCUCAGAUCUCUGCGAAUCGCUCUCCAAACUUUCUGGGGUUCCUGCAGAAAACAUGGUGGUGACAGACGUGUAUAACCAUCGGUUCCACAAAAUCUUCCAAACGGAUGAAGGUUUAAAUCAUAUCAUGCCAAAAGACGACAUCUUUGUAUACGAAGUCUGCAAGCCAAGUGAAGAUGGCUCGGAGUACAUUACUUUCUCUGUUUACUUCCGGGAAAAGGCAGUGAGGCAAUCCAGCAGCACCUCAGGGACCAUCCUCUUUGGUCAGCCACUGCUGAUAUCUGUCCCGAAACACAAGCUCACCGUGGAUCACCUGUACGGUGUCGUUUUGGAGCGGAUCAGUCGCUAUGUGAAACUCCCCUUGGCAGAAGAAUACUCCACACCUUGCCCAGACAAAGGAACCUGCAAUGGCUCCAGCAGCGUGCCUGAAGGUGACAUUGAAGAGAUGGAGCAUCAGGAUGACGGACAGGAAGGCAGGGAGAAGCUGGCAGAAGUUGAUCCCUGCCACUCUGAGGGUUGCAUGCAGAUUGAGUCAACGAGAGAGCUGCAGCCUUGUAAGAAGCAGCAUUUCACUUUUAGCCUUGUGAAUUUAUACGGGACCUCUGAGAUAAACUCCAUUGUAGAAGGAAAAAUCUUGAAAUUGAAUGCUUUUUCAACGCUUGCUGUUGACUGGGAUUCUGAUACGCGGAGGCUACUCUUCGAUGAACAGGAGGCACAGGCGUUUGAAAAGCAUGCAAGUGUGUUACAACCACAGAAGAUGAAGGCAGUGGUAGCCCUGAAAGACUGCAUAGAGCUCUUUACUACGAUGGAAACUCUUGGUGAACAUGACCCUUGGUACUGCCCUAACUGCAAGAAGCAUCAACAGGCCACAAAGAAGUUUGACUUGUGGUCUUUGCCCAAGAUUUUGGUAGUGCAUCUAAAACGCUUCUCGUACAGCAGAUACUGGAGGGAUAAACUCGACACUGUUGUUGAAUUCCCUAUCAGAGGUUUAAACAUGUCUGAGUUUGUCUGCGACCCAAGAGGAAGCUCGUAUGUCUACGACCUCAUUGCAGUUUCCAAUCACUAUGGAGCCAUGGGAGUAGGCCACUACACUGCCUAUGCAAAGAACAAAGUGAAUGGCAAGUGGUACUACUUUGAUGACAGCAGCGUCUCGCUGGCUUCAGAAGACCAAAUAGUGACAAAAGCUGCGUAUGUGCUGUUUUAUCAGCGCCGAAACAAUGAGGAACAUGUUGCCCCAUCUCCUCCCCAAGAAGAGUGUGACGGGAUGGAUACCAACUAAGCACCGCCUCCAGCACUCGGCCACCGUGUUAGCGGUCACUCUCCUAAAGCCAUCUCUGAGGCAUCUGAAGUUUUUUUCUUUCUUCUGUAGGAGUCAAGCAGAAAAUCUAGCACUGAAUGGCUCAGUGCUUGGGGUUACGGAACAGCACCGGAGAGCCAGGAAUAGGUGCUGACGCUCGGAUAUUUAGAGGCCAAAAAUAAUAUAUAUUGGAGCUUUGAUAAAGUUCUUUUUAAAGUCUGUCUGAGCUGUGUGGCUUGAGGCAGGAAUCAGGCUGAGCCGGGGCUGUGGGAUGUGGGCUAAGGUCUGUAGCUGGGGUUGGGGUAGUACAGCCUGAAUCGGGGGUCAGAGCUGAGUGUGGUGUGGCCCAUGGAGGGGCGCAGUGGGUAUGAUUCUGUGAGUUGGUACAGGGGCUUCUUGUCAGCCCUGUGGCGUUGCUGAUGGGCCCUGCUUGUGUCAGGGAGGCUUGUGCACCCUUUUUGGAAUCUCUCAAUUCAAAUCUCUGAACCUGUGGUUUGCCUGAUGCCGUGUCUGCCGUUGUACUUUGGUUCCCUUGCUAAGCACCAAAGUUUCUCCUACUUGCAUCCAUUCACCUGCUGAUGCACUCGAGACUCUUGUGCAGUUUUUACUCAGCCUCUGUUAGCAAUAGGACAAAGGGGAGUGGCUUUAAAUUAAAAGAGAGGAGUUUUAGGUUAGAUGUUAGAAAUUCUUUACUCAGAGGGCGGUGAGGCGCUGGCACUGCUGCCCAGAGCUGUGGGUGCCCCAAGCCAUGGAUGGGCUCUGGGCAGCCUGAGCUGGGGGGCAGCCCGCCCACAGGAGGAUUUGGAACUAGAUGAUCUUUAAAGUCCCCUCUAACCUAAGCUGUUCCAGGAUUGUAAACAUGUAUACCGAAUCCGUAAGGUUGGCAGCUUCUUGUCCAGUGUGUCCCUUUGCCAUAGUUGCUUAGUUUUGCUCCAUCCUUCCAACACAACUGACAAAUGCUCUUCCUCUCUUACAUCUUUUCCUGAACUGGCUCUGUUACUUGCAGGACUUGAUUUCAUCUUUCCUCUUGUUUGAGGAUUCCUGUGAACAGUAGAUCAGGUUAGUCCUCAGCGGAGAACUGUUUUUUCCCAUGAAAACUAGAUUUUUCUGAUUUUUUUUUUUUAAUCUGUGCUUUUGAGGGAGAUGUCUUGCUCAAGGUGGUGAACUACACAGCAGGGGUCCUCCUUGGUGCCCAGUGCCCUGACAGAACAAAAGCUCCUCCUGCAAGAUGUGUGCUUGCAGCCACUCUGUCCUCUCUGCGCACUUCCUAUGGCUUCAUUGCUGACCAUAGCUGUGUUCUCUGACUGUGAGCGUAAUGGCAGUCAUCGUUUAACUCUGAGCACAGCUCCCUUUCUGCUGCUCUCAGUGACAAGCCCCAUAGGAAGUCACUGUGUGCCAGACCCUGGACCUCUGUUGUGCUGUGGCAGUGCAGAAGUGCAGCCAGCUGCUCUCUGCCUGUCCUCCAAGCAAAGGGAAGGGGGGGGAUGGGGGGCAGUGCCCCAUGGCUCCCUGCCAGGGCAUGAGAAUGCUUUGAGGAGGAGGAAGGGCUGUCUCUAGCUGGCACAUAAGUAUUAUUAUCCCCUUCUGCAGAGUUUUGCUUUUAAAGUAUUGACAUUUGAAUUUAGAGAUCAGAAUUGCUUAGUUGCUUCUGCUGUUCUGGUUUGUGGGUUGUUUCGGUUUUUUACAACACUUAAUAUUUUAUUUCUGUUCUGAGGGGAGCAUCCCCAAAGCAAUUUUUAAACUGUAGCGCUACAUUGAAUUACUCUGAUCGGCAUUUCUCAUAGUUUUACCCUGAAAGAAAAUCACACGGGCAUUCCAAAUGGGGAGGCGGGCGAGGAAAAGAGGGGAGUAAAACAGCUUUGUAAAGGCAAGCUCCAUCUGAAGUAGCCUUUUUUCUUCUCUUUACCUCCUUUGCUGCACUGACACUGAGAAGUGCGUUGGUGGGGCUCAAUCUCUGGUGCUCAGAUGCUGAGCAGGCACUGUUUUACUGCAGAAAAAGUGGCCCAGCUCUUACUUUCUCUGUCACUGAGCUGAUGGCCUUGGCUGGUGUGUGUCUUCUGUAAUACCAGACCUGUUUUUUAGACUAGCACUUUGUAAGUGGCUGGAUCUGUUGUACAAAGAGGAAAAUUAAAGAGUGGUUUGCACUGAAACUGGGUUUUGUUGUGUUUUCGCCUGUCGUUAAGUGGCCUGAAGUGCAGGUUGAGCAGCUGCUGGUUGUGGGGAUGCCUGCUGCAGCAGGAGCUCUUUCAGCUGGAGCGUGACGAGUAGUGGGCAGGGAUUUCAGAGAGCAGUGCUGCUGUGUAAAUCUGGGAGUUUGUACUCAACGUUUGCUUUUUCUCCACUGCAGAGCUGUGCUGGUUUCUGGUGGCCCUUGCCUCUCUGUGACAUUGGGCAGCCUCAGUUGUGCCUUCCUCAUCCUCCCCCUGCAAAUCUGGGAGAGGCUGCAUUCCUUCUGGCCGUUUUCUCCCCUUAUCUUUCCUGCUUGUGGCCGUACCACUGAAAUGGGUGUCCUGCAGCUACUGCAGUUUCCUGAGGCAUGCUAAAUAAGUACCAUACGCUGGAAAAGACCGAGGAAGCAAGUUAAAUGCAGCAGGCUUGUAUGCAUUUAGCAUGUUUUAGCACUGGUGCACGUGCAGGGAAUCUAGGAGAUUGUCAUCAAGCCUGCAGAUCAAGGGCAGUUUUGAAGGUGAAAGCCUCGUGAAGAGGGCUUAAAGUUCACGCAGUGAUUGCAAUGUAACUGCUGAAGGGCUUGGUAUUAGCUAGAGCCUGAGAGAAGGUUGGGAGAGCCUCGAUGUAGAGUGGCAGAUCCUGAGCUGCACUGUGAAACACUGAGCACCAAAGCGUGGCAUGAAACCUAUCGUGGCCAUCUGUGGCUCCAGGGGAACGUGUGGUUGCAUGCUUCUCUUUUCAGUGAAGUAGGGUGGAGUGUGGUGCUCUGGGAAAUGAUGGAGAGAAAGAAACAGGGAAGGAACAAACUAACUGAUGAAAUUCCCAUGCAGUCGGUCAUUUUGAAGAACCAAAGAAUGGCUUUGGUUAGAGUGGAUCUUGAAGAUGAUCUAGUUCCAAGCCCCCUGCCAUGGGCAGGGAUGCCACCCACCAGCUCAGCCUGCCCGGGAUCCCACCCAACCUGUCAGUGAAUGCCUCCAGAGAUGGGGCAUCCACAACCAAUCUGGGCAACCUGUUGCAGUGCCUCACCAACCUCAAAUAAAAAAAUAAAAUCCCAAACCAGAAAGUUGGAGGACAGGUUAAAUUUUAUGUAAUAGAAGAGGUUAGUGGCAAAACCCUAUGCUGAUCUCUGCCCUUUGAUGUUAAAGCAAGAAUGUGGAAAGAAGGGAAAGCAAAAUGGCAGUUCUCUAAGGUGGAGGUGAUCAGAUACUGAGUCAGUGCAUGGGCUUGCAGGGGCAUCUCAUGCAAGAAUGCUGUGGACAUGAAAUGGAAAGUGACUUGAAACACCAGUUGUACUGUCAAUGAAGUAGUGGUAUUCAAGAAAGAAACCUCUGUGGGAAGAACAGAGAAAGUCUCAGAGCUCAGGUUCCUGGGAGGAGGGCAAAGAAUGUGGAAAAGAUGGAAGAUCUCAGGGUUUGAGAGCCUGCUCUGAGUUCAAAGGAGGGUCCUCACCUGUGCUGGGAGGUAGGCACCAUCCUGAUCUUGCUUCUCCAGCACUCCCACCCCUGGUCCGAGGAGGGUGCCGUGAUCCUUGGGGACAUGCUGCCAGGUGGCAGUGAAAGGGCUGGAGCUGCCAAACAGGAGCAGAGGCAGCUGGCACACCCUCUCCCACACCAGGAUAAAUGCUGGUUGUGGUGCUCAGUCCUGCUCUGCUCUUUCCCUCCUGGUGGCUGUGCUGUUGGCACGGCAAAUGCUGCAAGGCAGGAACAACCCAUGAAGGGAACAUUCUGGCCAUGCCUGGUGGGGCUCAGCUGUGGGAUCACCACCACCUUGGUGUGCUCAUGGAGAAGUCUGGGGUCCCUGAGGGUACAUUGCUUAUCAGAUGCAUAUCACAUACCUGGGCCUUAAAUGACAAGAGUUAAGUAACUGCGGUACUGAACGUGGUGUGUUUCUUUUAUUCUCAGCUUUGCUAAAUACAUUAUACAAUUUUCUGUGA